AUGACUUCUAUAGAUAAUAAACCUUUGCCGUUCAUAUACCAGUUCACAGCGGGUGCCAUUGCCGGCGUCUCAGAGCUGUUGGUGAUGUAUCCAUUAGACGUGGUGAAGACAAGAAUGCAAUUGCAAGUCACCACCAAAAGCAACCCGGUUGUUGCUGCGGCGAAGGUAGCAGCGGACCACUACACGGGCGUGAUGGAUUGUCUUACAAAAAUUGUCAAGAAGGAAGGGUUUUCUCAUCUUUACAAAGGUAUCACCUCACCUAUAUUAAUGGAAGCUCCAAAAAGAGCAAUUAAGUUCUCUGGAAACGAUACAUUUCAAACGUUUUAUAAAAAGGUUUUCCCCACUCCCAAUGGGGAGAUGACUCAAAAAAUUGCUAUAUGUAGCGGUGCGUCUGCUGGUGCUGUGGAAGCCUUUAUCGUCGCGCCUUUUGAACUGGUAAAGAUCAGGUUACAGGAUGUGAAUUCACAGUUCAAGACCCCAAUUGAAGUGGUAAAGAACAGUGUUGUAAAAGGCGGUGUUUUGUCGCUUUUCAAUGGCCUAGAAGCCACCAUCUGGAGACACGUUCUUUGGAAUGCCGGUUACUUCGGUAUAAUAUUCCAGGUUCGGAAGCUUUUGCCGGCGGCUAAGACAAGCACAGAAAAGACAAGAAAUGAUUUGAUCGCGGGUGCAAUUGGUGGUACUGUCGGGUGUUUGUUGAAUACACCAUUUGACGUGGUGAAAUCAAGGAUUCAAAGGAGUUCCGGGCCCCUUAGAAGGUAUAACUGGUCCCUGCCUUCGGUGCUUUUAGUUUACCGCGAGGAAGGGUUCAAAGCAUUAUAUAAGGGGUUUGCGCCAAAGGUCAUGAGACUUGCCCCCGGUGGUGGUUUAUUAUUGGUGGUUUUCACCAAUGUCAUGGAUUUCUUCAGAGAAGUUAAGUACGGUAAGAAACAAUGA